ACUUGUCGGUGCUCGUUUCUAAUUACUCUCUGGGAGAACUUGCAGUCUGCCAUCAGCAGUAUUGCACCGCAAUCAAGGAGAAGCUGACGAUUUUUACGUCUAUUUGAAAUGUGGAGGGAUGUGAACAGUUCUCGGAUAUUUUUGCUGUUUACUUUUCGUUAAAAAGCAUCAAAAAGCGUAUCUCCAUUUGACAGUUCUCGCAGUUGUGAGUGAAUUUUAAUCUAUCAAGCAAAGAAAAUUCACUCAUCUAUUAAUGUGAAUGAAAUUCAGGAUUUGACCUUGUUCAUUCAGAAGAGAAUUUUCAUUCUUUCUCUAAGACUUCCACGCAAAGGUUUUAAAUCCUUUCGGUUGAGUGCAUUGUGUCGAUGGCUUCUCGAUUUGGCAGUCCUGUUGCUUGGAAAAUGACGCACUCGCGUCUGGCGCUGGUCCUUCUCGUGGUCAGCGUCUGUCUUCACGCUGAGCUCAACACUGUGAAAGCGCUUGAAGAGAGAGAUUGGGACCCUGCUCUAGAUUUGAAACAUCCUCCUCCUGUGUCGGAUAAAGACUUUUUCGGAGAUGGUUUUGUCGAGCCGCCUGAUUCCGAUAGACCGCGUCCUUUCAUCCAGUUCCCUCCAGGGUUCAAUCACCCUCAAAGUCCAAGACCUCAGUGGUCGGCCUGUAGGAACGGAUUUCAGUCGCGAUACGGACCUUGCAAUGACCCCAGGUGGGGUGGGAGGAGCCGAUCAAAUUGUUUGUUCAAAAGACGUUGCUCUCCUCCAUCUCCCCAGCCUCUGCGAAGCCAGUAUGGCCCCUGGUCCCGAUGGUCACAGUGCGAUAGGCAAGGGUACCAGUUCCGACAGCGCCAGUGUCAAGGACAAGGGUGUUCAAGGUCAGGUCUGAACGAACGGCGCAGGUGUAGUAGAUAUACCAGGACUCCUGUCCCCUACACAACAGCUGCGCCUUACUACUCUUCCUGGGGUGCUUGGAGCGAGUGGUCGGAUUGCUACCUCAGCCAGAAGACCAGAAACAGGAGAUGCCUCAGUUCACGGAGCUGUAGAGGAGUCGGUGAGCAAAAAAUGAGAUGCAGAAAUCCAAAUGACCCUGAAGAAUCUCAAUGGCAACAAUGGCAGCGAUGGGCACCGUGUAGUGGGGGUCUUCAGAGCAGACAGAGGCAAUGUCCUGGAGAACACUGUUCAGGCUUCGACACUCAAACCAAAGUAUGCGUGGGUGGGGAAGACAGGGAUUUAGAGGGAACGAGGGAUCCACAAUGGUCAGAGUGGAGCAGUUGGUCAGACUGCUUCGCGAAAGUUCAUUAUCGGGUGCGGACGUGUCAGGGCUCCGAAAAAUGUUCAGGCGACGCCUACGAGCUGAGCGAGUGCCAAGAAACGGAAGCUCAAAGACGGGAAGACUGGACGGAGUGGACAGAGUGGUCAUCCUGUGUGUUUGGCGUGAGCAGACGUGCCCGUGGCUGUCGGAAGCGAUCGUGUCAGGGCCCAGAUCAAGAACGUAAGGACUGCUUGGUGCAGACAUUGCCAGGGACAGGACCCAUCUCUAUUUCAGACAGUGGUCAGGGUCAACGUCAAGGAAGCCGUCAAGCUGGCGGUCAGGAUGGUAUGGGGUGGCAAGAGUGGAGUCGCUGGUCAAGCGUCUGUCAAAACGGAAAGAGGUGGAGACGUCGACAGUGUACGCCGGGAGAUAGAACUCUAGGUCGGUGUGUAGGACCAAGUUCGGACAGUAAGAAUUGCCAGUAGCUGAGGGGUGAUUUUUACUAGUUUUCCAACUCCGAAAUUGAUGGUAUAGACAUGUUAAACAAGAAUCUUCAAAUAUCUCCAAUAUUAUGUUUACAAACUCAUGUUUUUUAAUGUCAGCCCAACACUUGGCAACAGGAGAUCACACAUUUUAUGUAAUAUUUUAAUAGUUUAUACGGUUUUAUUCAAGAUGUUUAAAUCACACUGUAAAUGGAUUCCUUUUGUUUUCUUUUUAAACUGAAAAUUUGUUUGUGAUGUACUUGAUUAUAUAAUCAAAUGUGUUUCGUCUGUAUUCUUAGCCCCUCUUGGGAAAUAAAACAUUGUGUUUUGAAAGUU